UUAUAGUUGUGACCGUGGAACUAAGGCACAUACAUUUAGAGUAGUUACUGAGGAAAUAACACACAUAAAUUUAUAGUUGUGACUGAGGAACUAAGGCACAUACAUUUAGAGUAGUUACUGAGGAAAUAACACACAUACAUUUAUAGUUGUGACUGAGGAAUGAGGCACAUACAUUUAGAGUAGCUACUGAGGAACGAAUGAGUAGUUACUGAGGAACUAAGGCACAUACAUUUAGAGUAGUUACUGAAGAACAAACGAAGAACUAAUGACUAAGGCACAUGUUUAGAAUAGCUACCGAGGCAUUGAAGCACAUACAUUUAGAGUAGUUACUGAGAAGCCAAUGAGUAGUUACUGAGGAACUAAGGUGCACACAUUUACAAUAGUUACUGAGGAACAAAUGAAGAAAUAAUGAGUAGGGCACAUACAUUUUGAAUAGUUACUGAGGCACUAAUGCAUAUUUAGAGUAGUUACUGUGGAAUUAUUGAAGAACUGUUGAGAACUUGACUUGGGCACAUCAAUUUAGAGCAGUCACAGAGGUACUAAUGAGUAGAGAGUAGUUACUGAGGAACUAAGGCACAUAAAUUCAUAGUAGUUACUGAGGAAUGAAUGAAGUACUAAUGAGUAGUUUUUAGGGUUAGGUAGGUUUCCUCCUUGUGAACUACUGUCAUUUGUGUACCUUAAUGUAAAGUAUUACCCCUCAACUUGACACAUUAGUUCCUCGUUACUUCUUCAUUAGUUACUACUCUAAAUUUAUGUACCAAAAAUGCUCACAGGCCUUAUAUUGGACACAUUCUACGGUAUAGCUUCCCUUCAUUCUCAGUAUGCCCGAGUGUCCGCAGAGACCAGUCCCGAGGUCCUCUACCAGUUACUGACUGAACAGUGGAAGCUGUCUCCCCCCGACCUACUGACCGCUCCAUGAGCUGCCUGCCCGUGUCUCUGUCUCUGCUCGCCACGUUCCAAUCAGCCGUGGCCAUUCCGGGCGCACCAUCCAAAGUGUACACCUUCGGGACGCAGUACUGGUUCCUGGGAUGCUCCUACUUCCUGGGACUGCUCAUCCCAGCUCACGUUUUUAUACCCGUCUUCUACCGACUGCGGCUGUCCAGCGCCUAUGAAUCUCUCCCUCAGGUGUAUCAGUGCACGCCGAAAAAGCCCAGACAUCGGCAGUGCUUCUCCCAAGCAAAAGGUGGCGGUAGUGAGCUCCAUAUCCUGUUGCCUCCCAGUUGUUCGGGCGUUGUGCUUGAGGGAGCUUCACACAGAAGAGGACAAAGAGCUGCAAUGGACGGUGAUGUUGCGGUUGGUGUGAAGAGAGGCUCAGAUGAGCUCAGCAUGUACAGUAGCAGCCCUAACUCCAUGACUGCAAACGGCAGCGACAGUAAAAAGCAGCGUCUGGAUGAGUCGCCUCCUUCCAGAGUUCUCCACAUCAGGAAACUCCCCAGUGAAGUAUCGGAGACAGAAGUCAUUGCACUGGGCCUACCCUUUGGAAAAGUUACCAACAUACUAAUGCUGAAGGGGAAAAACCAGGCCUUCCUGGAGCUCAGCACAGAGGAAGCUGCCAUUACCAUGGUCAACUACUACUCAGCCGUUACACCCCAGGUCAGAAAUAGUCCCAUCUUCAUCCAGUACUCCAACCAUAAGGAACUGAAGACCGACUCUGCUCUUAACCAGAGAGCCCAAGCGGUACUGCAGGCCGUCUCAGCAGUUCAGGAUGGAAGUUCUCCAUCAUCUGACCCUGGCAUCUUGGACCUCACUCCACCCCCCAGCCCCGUCCUGCGCAUUAUCAUUGACAACAUGUUCUAUCCUGUCACGCUCGAUGUUCUGCAGCAGAUAUUCAGUAAGUUCGGGACCGUCAUGAAGAUAAUCACCUUCACCAAGAACAACCAGUUUCAAGCACUACUGCAGUUCAGCGAUCCCACCAACGCACAGCAGGCUAAAGUGUCUCUUGAUGGACAGAACAUUUAUAACUCAUGCUGUACUCUGAGGAUCGAUUUCAGUAAGCUGGUGAACCUCAACGUCAAGUACAACAACGACAAGAGUCGAGAUUACACCCGACCUGACCUACCUACCGGAGAUGGAGAGUCCAGCAAAGAUCAUUCUUUGUUGGGUACGCCAUCUGGAGCGCUGGCUUCAUACUCCAGUGCGGCAGGUUAUUCAUCAUCUCUCUCCCUCUCGCAGGGUGCAGGGGCCAUCAGCCCUCUGAGUGCCGCCGCCGCUGCGGCGGCUGCUGCGGGACGUGUGGCCCUGUCGGGGUCCGGAGUGUCAGGAGUCCUGUUGGCAUCCAACCUGAAUGAGGAGAUGGUCACGCCUCAAAGUCUCUUUACCCUCUUCGGUGUCUAUGGUGACGUGCAGCGGGUGAAGAUCCUCUACAACAAGAAGGACAGUGCCCUGAUCCAGUUGUCAGACGGUAACCAGGCUCAGCUGGCCAUGAGCCACCUGAAUGGUCAGAAGGUUUUUGGGAAAGUGAUGAGAGUGACGCUGUCCAAACACCAAACUGUGGCCCUGCCCAGAGAAGGUCUGGAUGACCAGCUCCUCACUAAAGAUUUUUCUGGCUCUCCACUGCAUCGCUUUAAGAAACCAGGAUCCAAAAACUUCCAGAACAUCUUCCCCCCUUCUGCAACACUUCAUCUCUCCAAUAUCAGGGAAGGAAUUGGAGAGGAGGACCUGCGUCUCCUGUUCUCUAACAGCGGGGGUGCAGUGAAGGCCUUUAAGUUCUUUCAGGACCGUAAGAUGGCGUUGAUCCAGAUGUCGUCGGUGGAGGAGGCCAUCCAGGUGCUGAUAGAUCUUCAUAACUACGACAUGGGUGGGAAUCACCAUCUCAAAGUUUCCUUCUCCAAGUCCACCAUCUGAAGGUGACACCCAGCGCUACAGGAGCUUGAUGGAGGAGGAACUAUGCGACAGCAGCUGCCCUGUUUCCUCCUGGCUGUUGCAGUUGUAGCUGGGGGUCACUGGGAGGGGGGCUAAGUGUGUGCUUGAGUAGACUCCAUGCCUUCUAUCCUUGGAUCAUUUGGACUUUGCUGUCAGUCAUGCUGUUGGUGUGUUAUCUUCAUUUCUCUUAUGUUAUCAUCAUCAUCAUCAUCAUUGAUAAAAAUGGCCACUUUGAUCAUCUACUAGAACCCUAAAGAAUUGUUCUUUCCUUUUUGUAUCCCCGACAAGAUGAAAUGAAAAGGUGAUUUUGCGUUCAAAUACAUCCUUUUUCUUCUAGAACUCCACGCUGCGUUCAGGAACCUCCCAAAAGCGUACUUUUCAGGUUUCAGGUGAAACUUCAGCAACAGCCUAAAAUGCACUGGGAAGCUUUUUUGCUCCAAAAAAAUAUAUUUGUUCUCCGACAUUAGGAUGUUGUCUGCAGGAGGCAUUCAGCCCAAGGUCAUCAUUGAUACAUGUGAUGUAUACGAUCUAUACUAUAUAUACUAUAUACAUCGCCAUCUUUUUUUGUGGGUGUAUCAAUGACUCCUUUUUUUCCCCACCGGACACACUGUAGUGCAUUUGAGGUUGAUGGUGAAAUUCUCUUGGAGGCUGAAUGAGUUAAAUUGUUAGCGAGUAUUAAAGUGAACACGACAUGUUGCUUCUUGCACAUAUAGAAGUAAGAAGUAGAAGAGGGCCAAAUAGAUAAGAAUUAAUAGAAAGAGAUAAAUAAAGUUUUGCGUGUGCCAAGCAGCGAAGAUGAAAGCUAGAAAGCCACGUGUGAUUUGGAAUGAUUUGGAUGUUGGAAUUCUCCAACAUGAGCAACACGUGUGAGAUGUUUGGACCAACGUGCACGUGCCUUUAGUUUUUCUACUCCACUCCUCUUUCUUGCCGUAACAGGUUGGAAAUGCAUGGAACAUGCUGACACUAGACCCCCCCCAACACACACAUACACACACAUAAUGUAGAUGGGAGUCAGAUCAUCUCUUCCCUUUAUUGUGCUGAUGUUGCGAGUUUCAUUUUAGGGGUUUGUAUGGUUUUCUACUUGAGUUGACUUUGUCGUAACGCCUCACCUUAAUACUAAUCUUUUUUUACCCAACAGUUGAAGCACAUUUGUGUCUCCUAUGUUUGCAACGCUCCUCUUUAUCUUUGCUGUCAAUAAAGCUAUCCGCUCUUUCUCUCUA